CAUUUCCGAUUGGAUAAUAUAUUAUUGACGAUUUUUCGUUCACCAUCACAUGUUUUAAUUUUAUUUUUUUCUCCGAAGCUCUUCAUUAAAAUGAAAUAAACUUGGAGUGCCGAUGUGCGAACUUAAAAAUAGAAGAAAUUAACCACAGAAGAAUCCACAAUGGAGGAAGGCGCGACUUUCAAGAAAAAAACUGUGCAGAGUAUCCUACAAAUGAAUUUUAAGGAUGACAAAACAAAAGUACACCCUGAUGCAGUUUUUCUUUUCACAGAGGUUCUUAGAGUUUUUGUUGCUGAGGGAGCAUCAAGAGCAGCUAAUCAAGCCAAAAUAGAUGGGUCAGAGGAAGUUGGUAUUGACCACUUCGAAAAAGUCUUACCACAGCUACUGUUGGAUAUGUGACAACAGAAUGAAAAGCUUCAUCAGGACAUUUACUGAUCAUUCGUCAUUGUAGUUGUUCAGUGCUUGUGGAACUGACUACUUCAUGUGACAAUGAUGUGCCUUAACAGCACUGUGACUGCUCCAUUUAUCCAAAUAUGAACAAUUGUGGUUAUUAUUUGAACAUGAUUUUGUUUGUAGAAAAAUAUUUUCAGGAGUUUUGCUAAAUUUUAUUUCAUAAUAACCAACUUUGGGAUAUUCUUAGACAAAACUGAACAGCUGACUGAUAUAAAUUCAGGGAUCAACACUACUCCUUGCCUGAUACCUGACAACAGAAAUAUCAUAGGGCCAGUUAACACUGAUAUGUGUCAUAUUAUGCUGAUUGUUUGGUUUGUUUUGCAUUUUUGGGGGAGGUUUCCAUGGUUAAAUACAUUUACGGACCUCUUCAAGAGGUUGUUUUUUUCUCAGACAUUUCAAGAUAUCUUUUUUAAAUCCCCUACUUGCAACUUGUGGACUAUUCAUUAUGGGACUCUGUCUUAGAUAAAAUCUAAGUGUUCACGUAGGCAAGUUAAAAAAAAUGAAAAAAAUUGUAAAUAUGAGGGGGAAAGUAACUGAAAAUUAUUGAAUUGCAUUUCAUCCUGAAGAAAGUGCCGGUACUAACAAACAAGAUGGGAUGCAGGUGAGAGUCAACCAGGUAUUGGUUUUAGUGUAUCAACCCUUGUAAUUAGAAAAAAUGUCUACAGUGAAAAACAUGCUUUGGAAAUAAUAUUGAAUAUACAUGUAGUCCACAGCAAAAACAGUGCCACACAGAAUUAAAAACUUCACAGCUUUGCCGAGUGCCAUGGGUAUAAUGACCUAGUGUCCGUGGGUAUAAUGACCUAGUGUCCGUGGGUAUAAUGACCUAGUGUCCGUGGGUAUAAUGACCUAGUGUCCGUGGGUAUAAUGACCUAGUGUCCAUGGGUAUAAUGACCUAGUGUUCUUUGUUUUGUAGUGACAAGAUGUGAUGUAAUCUCACGUCAUGACAAGUUAUGAAGCAAUUCAGUUGAAUUGUCAUGCUGUCAGAUUUCUUACAUCACAUACUUUGGAGGCUUCCAUCUCUCUUAAAGGGACAGAUCCUAGUUUUUAAACACUAAGGCAUAUUUUCACCUAGACCCUAGUUUCAACCCGUGGAAAUGGACACUAAGUUUGGUUAAUUUAAUUUACAAGCCUGUAACAAAUUUGGAUACAACAGAGUGAAACAAAGAGUCUGUGAUGCUGAAAUACCCUUAAAAAUAGAAUAAAACGCGACUCCAUAACCGUUAAUUCUCAGAAGCAUGUGCAUUUUUUAACAUAUGAAAAAUGCAUUUUGUGGUAUUAAAAACACCAGGAUGAACGGAAAUGUACGGAAAAUCUAACGAAAAAAUAUAAGUAAUGUUUGAUUUCAGUGAUCAUAAUAGUGAGAAAUAUGCCUUGGUGUUUAAAAGUAGGGUCUGUACCUUUAAAAAGUAUUCCAUAUUUUAUAAAAUGGCAGACGGUGAAAACUUUGCAUGCUUUUUAUCUAAGGAGAUCUCUGCGAUUUGUCUGAACAAAAUGUGGAGAAGAUCUUAACAGUAUUUAAAGGUAUGAUAUUAACUUAUUGUAGUUCUGACUUUACUGUUACAUGUAUUAUUAUUUUACAGGCUUAUAAUUGGAGACCAUUGUGCUUAUCAAAGAGAAUUGUUACAUGUAAUAAAAAAUAGUAAUAAUAA